ACAGUUGCACACAAACACAACGAACAUAAAGCACGUCUGGUGCUUCGCUUCAAGUUAAGUGUGCGAAAUCAGUUGCCUAAGUCAAGAGAUGCGAUGUUUUCUUAUAUUAUCAAAUAUUUUUCAUACUAAAAACUGCAGCUGCCAGCGGCUUUGUAAUAAUUAAGAUCAUCUUGAACGGUUUUUUAAUUUUGAAACAAUUCACUAAUAAGUUGUGAAAAAGUGCAAUAUGAUGGACAAUAUAAUAUCUUUGUGUAGAAUUGUUUUCACUUUAAUUAGCAUCGUAUAUGUGUCGGAAAUGUCGCGUUUACCAACAAGUGGGAAGCCUACUUUCUAUACAGCAGCUGUGUAUGAGAACGCAGUUGUAUUUCCAGAAAAGAGAGCAAGUUCAUACGAUGAAGCAGUUUCACAAAUGUUUCCGAAUCUUGACGAAUAUAAAAGACAGGCAGAUAUAGCAGGGACACUCGGCGCUGAUAUUAUCGUAUUUCCGGAAGAUGGAAUUUAUGGAUAUCUAUUUGCAACACCUUCCGACAUUGAAAACUAUCUGGAGUACAUUCCAGACCCUGCCCAAGUGGACUGGACGCCAUGUACUGAACCUUUGAGGUACGAAAGAACAAAGAUACAAACUUUUCUAAGCUGUCUCGCAAAGAAUAACUCGAUGUACCUUGUUGCUAAUUAUGGCGAUAAGCAACCAUGCCAUGAUACCGACCCUAAUUGCCCUAAGAAUGGACACUAUCAGUACAAUACCAACAUAGUUUUUGACAGGAAUGGAAAACUCAUAGCAAGAUAUCACAAGCAGAACUUGUUCUUUGAGUCACAAUUCAAUACACCUGCUUCUCCAGAAUUCAUUUACUUUGACACUGAAUUUGGACGCUUUGGAACUUUUACCUGUUUCGAUAUUUUGUUUCAUGAUCCAGCUAUCCCUUUGAUUGAAAAAUACAACGUAACGGAUAUAGUGUUUCCAACUGCAUGGAUGGACGCGCUGCCUUUUCUAUCCGCCAUUGGUUAUCACUCUUCAUUUGCUGUUGCAUAUAAUGUUAAUUUUCUGUCAGCGAAUUUGCAUCAACCUUCUAAACGAUUUCAGGGUAGUGGAAUAUAUACACCAAAGGGGUCCCUAGCGUUUUAUUAUAAUCGGAGUUUCCCUGACGGUCGUCUCCUUGUAAAAGAUGUUCCUAUUUUGAUGAACAACAGCAAAAGGUUUGAGAAAAAGAAAGUCACACUUGACACUUCUGAUAUGCAAUUUAUUCAAAGACAUGAUUUUCAAGGUCGAGUUUUCAAAGAUAGAUAUAAUUUCGUAAGUCUCAGAUCAAAAGUAGGUAACGUUACCGUUUGUCAGGCCGAUCUUUGCUGUUAUUUGUCGUACAAUCGAGUUGAGGUUACAGGUAAUUAUGCAUUUGGGGUGUUCAGUGGAGUUCAUGAGCGCCAUGGUCCAUACUACCUGCAGGUAUGCAUUCUUUUAGAAUGUGGGUCUGAUAACGCCACUGACUGCUAUCAUUUUACCUUUUUAGCGAACGGAUAUUUCAAUAACAUCACUAUCAAAGGUAAUUUCUCAACCCCGUAUGUUACACCACAAGUGCUUACCACCGAUAACGGAAAUCUUGAAUUGCUGCCUCCAAAUGCUCUGAAAUUUAAUGAACGAGGUUUUAACGUUUAAGUCAAACCUAAGACCACUUUUGGAAGCAUCGCUUGUCGGUCGUAUCUAUGAAAGGGACCAUGUCUCGAAUGAGAGAAGAAAUAAGAUCACAAAUGGGUUCAAAAAUACAGUUUCAAAUUUUGCUUAUUCAAACGUUGCCUCAAUGCAGAAUUUAUACCCACUUCUUUUGCUUUUAGUACAUCAUCAUUUCUAAAAAACCUGUCGAGAAAUCAAAAACAAAACGCUUAGAAAAUGUAAUAUUUCAAUAACAAGGAUGUACUUAGUAUAUAAAGGCAUAUGUUAAAAUCUUAUUUCACACCUGAUAUUCUCAUAGUUUCAAUUUAUAAGCUUUUGCAGUGAAUA